UCGGCCUCCCAAAGUGCUGGGGUUACAGGCGUGAGCCACCGCGCCCAACCUCUGAGUUUUUAAUUGUAUCAAAUGCUCAAAGGAGAAGUAUGACCCAAUAAAAUAGUUAUUAUUUGUCUAUUUUUAUUUGCUAUUUAUCAAUGAUGACCUUACAAUCAAUUCUGCCAAAUUUCAAUAUUGCAAUUAUUUCUGACAGUGAGGAAAUGAAUUUGCAAAUAAACAUUUACAAGGGAAUGAUAUAACAAAUAACUUAAGAGCUUAUAGUAGUUAGGAGGACAUUCCAAGCAUACUUCUUAAAUUACUGUGAAAGAAGUCUUAAGGCUUUUGGCCUCUUUUAAAUCAAAAAUGUUAUUUCUAGCCAUUUAGUCAUUAGAAUAUGUUAAAAUGUAUCAAAUAAUUUUAAGUAUUAUCUUUUUUGGCAUGUGCAUAAAAUCAUUUCUUCUACCUAAAUAUUCCUCAAAUCUUUCUCAUUAUCUCAAGUCUCAUGACCACCAUCUAGAUCUAAGAUGUUACAGGAUGAGUUGUGUCCCCCAAAAGAUAUGUUGAAGUUUUAACCCUGAAUACUUUAGAAUGUGAUCUUAUUUGGAAACAGAGUCUUUACAGAGAAGUUAAGUAAAGGUGAGCUCUUUAUGAUGGGCCUUAAUUCAAUAUGACCAGUGUCUUUAUAACAAGGAAAAUCUGGACACAGAGACAAACAUAGGUGGAAGAAAAAGAUUCGUAGACAGCCAUAUGAUGAGAGAAGUAGAGGUGAACUGAUACAGUGGAGAAUUUUCCUAAUAUUGUUUGUUUCUCUGUUCUUAUAUGAAGUAUAUUUUCUUUAAAUAUCACUACUGGGACUUCCUCCCUUCAUAUUCUUUCCAAAUCAUCUCAAGUUAGGCUUUUCUAACAGUGCAAUGAAACCCGCCAGUAUGAAGGCCAUUAAUUUAUUUCCCUGAAUAUCUAAUAUUAAGGUGCCCAUCUACCACUCUCUAUUGCUUCACUUUUUUUCUUCAAAGUGCUUUUUCCUUUAAUGGUCACUAUCUCUAACUCACACUCUCCUCUCAUGCCCACUCCCAUGAAAACGAGGACUUAUUAUUCACUACUUUGAGUCUGUAUUCCUAAAACACAUUCAGUUCUUUAUUAUUUUUUUAAAGGAUUGAAUUCAAUGAAUCUCUGAUAUAAAACUCAACUAAAUACAAAAGACUUUGGUUAAAAUAAGAACAACUUUCAAAUACAUAAAAAUCAUGUCUUUUAUUCAUUUUUUUCUGGUCUCCAUACUAAACGCAUCCUUAGUAAAAUAGUCAUGAAGCCAUCUUUAUGUGGGUUUAUUUGAGAGAACAUUUUGAUUAGGUGGUCAUUAAUUAUAGCCAAAAAUAUGUCUAAAUUUGACAUUUUAAGUUAAAGGACUCAUAAAAUAAACCAAAGACGUUUCAGUAUUGUGUAUUUCAUUCCUCAUUUUCCUCUUACAAACAUAUCACCUCAGUUUCCUUGAGGAAUUAAUCACAAAACACACUCUUAGGAAAAUGUGUGAUUUGACUUUCAGAAUUCAAAUUGGACAUAUGAAACUGUCCAUCAACUGGGCAGUGCCCCUUCCAUGACAUCUAGGGUAGACUGUCAUUAGCCAUACACUGUGUAAUCCAGGUACACGAUUCCCUUUACUUUUUUUUAAAAAAGAUACAAAACAGUAAUUUAUAGAGGCACGUUUUCAUUACCAAUCAGAAAUGUAAUGUCUAUAAAUAGACUAUUUAAGAAAUAAAAGCAUGAGAUAAUAAAACUGUUUUCAUAGUGCCAAAUCAUCCCCUUGACAUUUGUCAGUCACAAAUGACAGGCAAAAUUAAAGUCAACGUAAUAUUUCAUGAAAAAAAGGAUGUGCAAGUAAUUUAUACUGUUUUUAAUUUCUGAAUGUUUUAGUUCAUACAAUUAAAGGCAAUCAUUUAAAAAAUCUAACUGCUCCAAGUAAAUUUUAAAGUUACUAGAAUAAAGGACUAGAAAUUUUAUUUAGAAGACAAAAAAACUGUUAAAAACAAACUAUUUCCUUGCUUGAAUAAAAUAUCUGUGAAUUCAGUUUUAUGUGAAAAAUUCUUACAGGUACUUAAGUAAGUAGUUUCAAGCCAGAUUUUGAACCAUCUUUUUAAUCAGUAUAUUUGUCCCUUUAACUGGUAAGAAUAUAGUUUUGCUGGUGACACUGUUUCUGAAUUGUUUUGUAGACAGCCAUGUAACUACUGUGGGUAAGCCAAUUUUAUCUCUGACUUCAGUAGCAUAUUAGUGACUGAUUGGGCAGAAUAAGCAUACAGGAGUAAACUGGAACAUGCUGCUGAGUCACACUACUAUGGUAGGAGGCUGAAACUGAAAGUUAACUCUUCCAAUUCUAUUGCUUUCUCAUGCCAUUGAGGAGACUCUAAAAUAUUUUUUCACAAUAAAUAGUAUUUUAUUUGAUAAUAGGUCUUUGUGAAUUUCCCAAUUUUAAGUAGAAUUAUAUAUCUGCAAUAUUUUCUACCGAAACAUUACUUAGAAAAAAUCAAUAUAACACUUGCCUUCAUGUGGUUUGGCUAGAGCAGGAGAAAUAAAUUGUUAUUGUAGAAGUGAAAUACCAGCAUGUUUCUGGCAUUUCUUUUAAAGAAAAAAUGGCUGUUAAUUUUGCCCCACAACAUGUAUCAAUGUACAAUAUACCACUUAAAAAGGAUUUUUGCAUGUAAACAUGCCUAUUACAUUAUUGUUAAGUUUCUGUUGCUACAAUUUCUAUGUUGGUAAACACACCAAAUUAAUUCAUUGCUAAAUUAUUAUUUUUAUGAAUAAAUAUCAAAAUUACUGUUUGGUGAUAAAAUGUCUAUUCAGAUGUUUCUAAUCUUAAUAGAUAAAAAUAUUAGUAGAUAAGUUUUGCUCUGCAAGUUUUAUAUAGUAUCAUCACAUCACAUAAAUAACAAUUUUUUAUUUGUAGAACUAAGCACAGAUAAACAAUCAUAGAUAUACCCAAAAGAUUUCUAAGAUUUUAACAAAUGAUACAGUUUUUUCUUUUUAUUAGGAAGUAUAAAUAUUAAAGAGUCUAAUUGAGGUUUCUAUUUUAGAGUGAAUACAUAACCUUGUCUUUAAGUACUUGGAAACUAAUGAGAUUAUCCAACAAAAUAUCUGUUCUGUCUGUAUCUGUAUUAUGUGAUAUGACUGUCUUAUAAAAAUACCUUAAUAUGGUGGUUGCUCAAAAAAAUAAAAGAGAAUUACCUUACGAUCCAACAGUUUUAUUCCUGGGUGUAUCCAAAAUGAUUGAAAGCAGUGUCUCAAAGAGAUAUUUGUACAUUCAUAUUGUCUCAAAGAGAUAUUUGUACAUUCAUGUUUAUAGCAACAUUAUUCACAAUAGCCAACAGGUAGAAGCAGCCUGCCUUGAGCUGAACUGUGUCCCGUGCAAAAUUUGGAGGUUUGGAAUCUUAACCUCCAAUGGUACUGCAUUCAGAGAUACGAUUUUCAAGGAAGUACUUAAGGUUAAAUGAGGUCUUAGGGAUAGGCCAUAAUCCAAUAAGACUGGUGUCCUUAUAAGAACAGCAAGACAUACCAGAAGCAUGCCACCACAGAUAAAAGACCAUGUGAGGACACAGGGAAAAAGCAGCUUUAUCUACAAGCCAAGGAGAAAGGUCUUAGAAUAAAGUAGCUUUAACAGCACCUUGAUCUUGGAUUUCCAGCCUCCAAGACUGAGUCGUUAAAUCGACCCAGAUGAUAGAUUUUAUUACCACUUCUCUGACUAACACACAACCCAAAUGUCCACUGGUGGGUGAGCAGAUAGACAUAAUGGAGUAUAUGCACACAAUGAAAUAUUACUUAACCUUACAAAGCAAGGAAAUUCUGAAACAUUCUACAAAAUGGAUCAACUUUGAGGAAAUUGGGGUUAGUGAGAUAAGCUGGAAACAAAAAACAAAUACUGUAUGAUUCCACUUAUGUGACUUAUUUAAAGUAGCGAAACUCGUAGAAACAGAAAGUAGAAUGAGUUACCACGGGUUUGUGGAAGGGGGAAAUGAGUUGUUUAGUGGGUAUAGAGUUUCAGUUUUGAAAGAUGAAAAUGUUCUGGAGGUCACACAACAAUAUGAAUGUACUGAACGCUGCUGACUACAUGCUUCAAAAUGGCUAAGGUGGUAAAUUUUAUGUUACAUAUAUUUACCAAAAAGUGUCACCACCACUCACUUCAUUAAAAUGAUCAGGCUACUUAAAGAUAAGUCUUUAAAAUAUUAUUAACUUUUGCUUUUGAAAUGUAAAAGUAAAAUUAUAAUUUCAAUGUUAGGAGUAAAAAAUACUUUAGGUAAAAUGUAAGGAAUUAUGGGGAGUCUACAUUGUUAAGUUCAAAGAGGAAAAAAAACAUGAAUGGUAAUUGUAAGUAAUCCAGAAUUGUUGCAAAUAAAUAAGGCAGUUGUCAGUGAAUCCAAAUCUGUUUGCUACUAAAGCAUUAUUUUUAAUUUCUUCUGUCGUGUUUUAUAAGCAGCUAUAUAUAAGAAGCAACAUUUUAAAAAGUUAUUUUCUAGUUAUUAUAGCACAUAAAUAGUAAACCAAAUAUAUAACUAGGACAAAGUAAUUAACAUUACAGUUGGUGAGAUUCCUCACCAGCAGAUUCAACCAACCUGGAUCAAAAUAUUCAAUAAAUAAAUAAAAAUACAACAGUAAAAAAUACAAGCUUAAAAAGCAGUACAAGAAAACAACUAUUUGCAUAGCAUUACUUAGUAUUAGGUAUCAUAAGCAAUCUACAGAUAAUUCAAAGUGUAUGGUAGGAUGUGCACAGAGUAUAUGCAAAUACCAUGCCAUUUUAUAUAAGGGACUUCAGCAUCCUUGAAUUUUGGUAACUGCAGGGGUCCUGGAACCCUUCUUCUGAAGAUAUCAAAAGACCACUAUACCACAAUGUUUUAAUUACACUAAUAUAAAACUCCUAGUGGACUUUAUGAAACAUUGAAAAUACAUCCUUGAAGAUUUGUAGUUUGGAAUUUUGGGUACAUAUAAAGGAAAGAUGAAAUUUAAUUUCAAAGAAUGUUGGUUCUUAAAUGUUAGGGUGCAUUGGAAUUAUCUGGAAAGCUUAUAAAAGCACAGAUUACUGGGUGAAUCCUCUUAAUUUCUGUUUCAGUAGGUUUGAGGUAGGGUCUGACAAAUUGUAUUUUUAUAAAUUUUUCAAGUGAUAUUGAUGCUGCUUGUCUAGGGACCACAUUUUUAUAGCCACUGUUAUAGAAAAUAGAAAGGGUUAUUAAGGGGUACAUCUUUAGUUGUGGAAAUUAGAGCAUGUCUUAUAAAACUAAAAUACUAUAAUUCUUGGACCUUUGUUAAAUUCACCAAAAUAGUUAAGUUUAUAUUUACAAAUGACUUUGUAACUUUACUGACAUUUUGUACAAAUUAAAUGAUUCCCAAAUGAUCAUAAGAAAGCAGGUCUUUAAAAUGUAUUUAAUAAAUGUACUUUUUAGUCGAUUUUGUCUCAUCUUAACCACACUUUUUUAACUGUGCACAUAUAACUACAAAAGAAUCAGAUCAUCACCAUUAUUUACAGAGCGAAUAUCCUGCAUCUAGGUUUGAUGUAUCAAAUUUCAGCUAUCAUACUCUUAUUCUGAUUAUGCUUUUAUUCAUAUGUUUUAUAGUACUUUCAUGUCUUGUGUAGAGGGAAGGAAUAUUGUCUUCGAUCACAUUGCCUCUGCUUCACAGCCACUUACUGCUCCUUCUGAUUGCUAAGUACCUCCGGAGAAUGACCUAUAGUAAUUGCACACUUUCUCUUGGCAAAGUUCUGUCUGCUUCCUUUAAGGAAAGAACACAUUGCUGUAAGUUAUGAAUCAGGCUUGCAAAAUGUAAGUUCUGGCAACAGGCUCCCAAGAACCUACAUCCUGUUUUAUAUCAUCUGAGCUUUAUUUCAUGCCAUUAUUCUGAGGACAUACCUAUGUAUCAUUUUCUCAAAAGAAGGGCUUUGGUAGCCUAGUAUUCAAUCUUUUUUCAAUUUUAUGUUUCUGGAACUAAAAUUAAUUAACUGAAAAUCUAGCAAGAGCACAACAGAUAUCUCAACAUGUUGAAGUGUCGGAUAAUAAAUUUAAUAGAACCAUAGAAAUCCUAUGAGUCUUUUUUUAUUUAUAUAGGUGAAGAAAUGGAAGGUCUGCAAUAUUUAGUGUCUACAAAGUUGCAAAGAUGACAUCUCUAUAUAGCAAAAGCAAAAAGGAGGCAUUAGCAUCCCAAUCCAAUGACAUUUACCAGAAAGCAAUGCAUGGUGGUGUGGCAGAGGCGAGCAAGGAAAGCCAUGAUAGCCCAGAGAUGUGGAUAUUCCUCAGAAAUAUGAAGGACUAUGCUGAGAAGGAAAAUACCAUAGCAAAAGCUCUGGAAGAUCUGAAGGCAAAUUUUUACUGUGAACUCUGUGACAAGCAGUACUAUAAGCACCAGGAGUUUGACAAUCACAUUAACUCAUAUGACCAUGCUCACAAGCAGAGGCUCAAGGAACUGAAACAAAGGGAAUUUGCUCGAAAUGUAGCAUCUAAAUCCAGGAAAGAUGAAAGAAAACAGGAAAAGGCACUCCAACGCCUGCACAAGCUGGCUGAGCUAAGAAAGGAAACUGUAUGUGCUCCUGGAAGUGGCCCCAUGUUCAAAUCAACAACUGUUACUGUGAGAGAAAACUGUAAAAAUGAAAUUUCCCAACGAGUUGUUGUGGAUUCAGUUAAUAACCAGCAUGAUUUCAAAUAUACUUUGAUUCAUAGUGAAGAGAAUACUAAAGAUGCUACCACUGUUGCUGAGGAUCCAGAAAGUGCAAAUAAUUAUACAGCAAAAAAUAACCAAGUUGGGGAUCAAGCCCAGGGGAUUCACAGACACAAAAUCGGCUUUUCUUUUGCAUUUCCAAAGAAAGCGUCCGUGAAGCUAGAGUCCUCCGCUGCAGCGUUUUCUGAAUACAGUGAUGAUGCCUCAGUGGGAAAAGGAUUUAGCAGAAAAAGUAGAUUUGUCCCCAGUGCUUGUCAUCUUCAACUAUCUUCACCAACAGAUGUACUUUUGAGUUCUGAAGAGAAAACUAACUCUUUUCACCCACCAGAGGCAAUGUGCACAGACAAAGAAACUGUUCAAACUCAAGAGAUAAAAGAAGUCUCUAGUGAAAAAGAUACAUUAUUAUUACCUUCAUUUUGCAAACUUCAACUUCAGUUAUCUUCUGAUGCAGAUAAUUGUCAAAAUUCAGUCCCAUUAGCAGAUCAAAUACCACUGGAGGGUGUUGUUAUUAAUGAAGACAUACCUGUGAGUGGUAACAGUUCUGAGUUGUUAGGAAAUAAAUCCACAGUUCUUGACAUGUCUAAUGAUUGCAUAUCUGUGCAAGCUACCACAGAGGAAAAUGUUAAGCAUAACGAGGCAUCCGCAACUGAGGCUGAAAAUAAAAAUGAUCCCAAGACAGUGGCCCCUUCAAAUACUGAAGAGGUUAGUAUAACUAUAAAUAAGAAAACAAAUUUCUGCAAAAGACAAUGUGAGCCAUUUGUACCUGUCCUUAACAAACACAGAUCUACAGUUCUCCAGUGGCCAUCAGAAAUGCUGGUUUAUACAACUACUAAACCAUCAAUUUCCUAUAGCUGUAAUCCUCUAUGUUUUGACUUCAAGUCUACUAAAGUAAAUAAUAAUCUAGAUAAAAAUAAGCCAGCUUUAAAUGAUCUUUGUUCUCAGCAGAAGCAAGAAGAUAUUUGCAUGGGACCAGUUUCAGAUUGCAAGGAUGUAUCUACAGAAGGACUCACUGAUUAUGAAAUUGGAAGUAGCAAAAAUAAACACACCCAAGUCACUCCUCUUUCGGCUGAUGAUAUUCUCUCCAGUAGUUGUAAUUUUGGAAAAAAUGAGAAUAUGGGUCAGAAGUAUAAAAAUAUUUCCUGUAAGAUCAGAGAAACAGAAAAGUAUAAUUUUACUAAAAGUCAAAUAAAACAGGGCACUCUAGAUGAAAAAUACAACAAAAUAAGGUUGAAAGAGACUCAUGAAUACUGGUUCCAUAAAAGUAGAAGAAAGAAAAAAAGAAAAAAGUUAUGUCAGCAUCAUAAUGUGGAGAAAACCAAAGAAUCAGAAACUUGCUGCAAAAUGGAAGCAGAGAGUAGUUACACUGAGAAUGCUGGGAAAUAUCUACUGGAACCAAUUUCAGAAAAGCAGUAUUUAGCUGCAGAGCAAUUAUUAGACUCACAUCAGCUACUUGAUAAAAGGCCCAAAUCAGAAUCCAUAUCCUUAAGUGACAAUGAAGAAAUGUGUAAAACAUGGAAUACCGAAUACAACACUUAUGAUACUAUCGGUUCUAAAAACCAGUGUAAAAAGAACACAAUACUUUUCAAUGGACAAUCAAAUCCAAGAAUGAUACAUUCUGGGAAACAUAAUUUAACAUAUUCUAGAACUUACUGUUGUUGGAAAACCAAAAUGUCAAGUUGUAGUCAGGAUCACAGAAGCUUAGUUCUUCAACAUGAUAUGAAAUGCGUGAGUCAGAAUCAGGCUGUUAAAAGAGGUUACAAUUCUGUCAUGAAUGAAUCAGAAAGAUUCUAUCGAAAACGUAGACAACAUUCACAUUCUUAUUCUUCAGAUGAAAGUUUGAAUCGACAGAAUCAUUUACCAGAAGAAUUUUUGAGGCCACCAAGUACUUCAGUUGCUCCCUGUAAACCUAAAAAGAAACGGAGGCGAAAAAGAGGCAGAUUCCAUCCCGGAUUUGAAACUUUAGAACUCAAAGAAAAUACAGAUUAUCCCAUGAAAGACAAUUCUUCCUUAAGUCCUCUGGAUAGGUUAAUAAGUGAAGACAAAAAAGAGAAAAUGAAACCACAGGAAGUUGCAAAAAUCGAAAUGAACUCAGAACAAACAAACCAAUUAAGAAACAAACUGUCUUUCCACCCUAGCAAUCUCCUUCCUUCUGAAACCAAUAGUGAAACUAAGCAUUUAGAAAUGGAGACCACUUCUGGUGAAUUGUCAGAUGUUUCUAAUGAUCCCACCACAUCUGUCUAUAUAGCUAGUGCUCCAACAAAAGAAGCACUUGACAAUACCUUGCUUGAACACAAAGAAAGAAGUGAGAAUAUAAAUAUUAAUGAAAAGCAAAUUCCUCUUAAGGUGCCUAAUAUUGAACGGAACUUUAGACAGUCACCGCCUAAAUCCUAUCUUUGCCAUUAUGAACUGGCUGAGGCCCUUCCACAAGGAAGGAUGAAUGAGACGCCAACUGAGUGGCUGCGUUGUAAUUCAGGAAUCCUUAACACACAACCACCAUUACCAUUCAAGGAAGCACAUGUGAGUGGUCAUACCUUUGUAACAACUGAGCAAAUCCUGGCUCCAUUAGCUUUACCAGAGCAAGCAUUAUUGAUCCCACUAGAAAACCAUGACAAAUUCAAAAACGUACCAUGUGAGGUCUACCAGCACAUUCUACAGCCAAACAUGCUGGCCAACAAGGUUAAAUUUACCUUUCCUUCAGCUGCCCUCCCACCCCCUAGCACACCUCUGCAGCCUUUGCCUUUGCAGCAGUCCUUAUGUUCUACCUCUGUAACCACUAUCCAUCACACUGUCUUGCAGCAGCACGCUGCAGCUGCUGCAGCUGCCGCUGCAGCCGCAGCUGCAGGAACCUUUAAAGUGCUUCAGCCACACCAACAGUUUCUUUCCCAAAUCCCAGCUCUCACCAGAACCUCAUUACCUCAGCUCUCAGUAGGACCAGUAGGACCGAGGCUUUGUCCUGGGAACCAGCCAACUUUUGUUGCUCCUCCUCAGAUGCCAAUCAUUCCAGCUUCUGUUCUUCAUCCUAGCCAUCUCGCUUUCCCAUCUUUACCCCAUGCGCUCUUUCCUUCACUGCUUUCCCCACACCCUACUGUCAUCUCUUUGCAACCUCUCUUCUAGUCAUCACCAUAAUGGGAAAAACAAUACUCUUGUGAAAACUAUUGCUAUAUGCGUAAGUGUUCAUCUAUGUGGGUACAUGGCUAUUUAACUGGUGGAAAUAAACUGGUCGAUAUAUGGCCUCACUGGUUUGAAAUCAUUUACUGUAAGUGUAAUGAUGCAAAUAAAUCCCUAAGUUUCUGAUAUAUAAUAUUAUUAAAGCACUGAAUAGUUUGAAAAUCAAUACAAUAUAUGCUGUAUAUUAAAAUGAUGUAUUAAGAGUAUGUAUAAUGUACAUAAAAUAUAUUUAUAGUACUCUAAUUUAUGUUGUAAAGUAUGCUCCCUCAGUUUUUCUUAAUCUUUGUGUAUUUGCACCUAUUUAAUGUUUAGACAAAGCUGAUGGCACUAUGUUUUGUACCAUGUUCCUUGAAACUGUAAAUUCAGUGAAAAAUAUCUCUUGCAAUAAAUUUUUGUUAACUAAGUAA